CAGUCCUUGUCUCCCUUCUGGUCUCCCCUGUCAGCGAAGGGUUCACCAGUCCUCUCUUCGAGGUCCACUGCCCCACCCCAGCAACCAUCGAGGAUACGCUGAUCUUGUGCAGCCAUGGUCUCAGCAGAGGGCAAGAAAUGCCCAGGGGCCCAGGAGGGGUCAGCCGUAGGGCAGGCCCAUGUCACAGAGUGUACAGUGGUGACAGGAGAUCAGUGCCUGGUUCCAGUGCAAGAGACCUGCAGGACCCAGGAUGAAGACAAGCGUCCAGCAGGACACUGCUCAGAGCCAAACCACCAGGAAGAAGGGCUCAAGCAGGAGACCGGACUAGAGCCAGAGGCAGAGGCAGGAGAGGAGAAGGGGCCCAGGCCUGUGGGCAUCACUGAGAGGCCCAGUCAUGGGCUGAAGAAGCCAGUCAAGACUGAAGCUAAGCUGCCACGAGGGACACUGCUGCUGAAGAGGGAGGAGCCUGAGGGCAGUCAGAAUGAGCCCUCACCAUCUGCCAAACAGCACAAAAAAGCCAAGAAACGCAAGAGUCUGGGGGCUCCUGUGCUCCCAGCUGUGGCCAGCACAGUGUGUGCACCCCCAGAGAAGCUGGAGAGAAAGGCCCAGCGCCUGCGGCCACUGUACCAGUACAUCAGCUAUUGCAACCCUGAGCUGAACCAGGCAGAGGAGGGGAUCAGGGAGAUAAAGGUGGACCCUAAGUUAGAGCUGGCCCUGGUUCCUGAGGAGUUGAGUGUGAAGCAGCUGCAGGCCUUGCUGCCCACAGCAGGUGAGCAGAGCUUAGGCCUUGCUUUGCCCUGCCCCAGUGCAUUAGCGCCACCUACCCCUGCUCCAGCUCCCCUGGGCGAGCAGCCUGGGGGUUUGCCCAGCCUGGGGGUGAGUGGCUGUCUCAAGGCCGAAGUGGAUAAGUCAACUCAAGUAAACAUCGACAAGAUGCUGAGUGUCUGUGCUGCUCCCCUUGUGCCCCCACUGUCCCCUCAGUACAAGUGACUGUCGCUUCCUGGGGGUUUCCCUCCUUCCAGGCCUGAACCAAGCCUCAGUCUUUUGGCCUAGAAAGUCAUGUGGAGGAGGGAAUUCAGUCUCUGUACCCACUUGGGAACAUGGGCUUGCAAAAAAUAAACAUUUUUCCUUUUCUAAGACUUUGGUUCUCCACAUAGGAAAGAGGCUGGGAAGAAGGGUGGACGUUUGAAACCUGACUGGUCCUGUCAUGGCCAGGGAACUUAAAAAAUAGAUCUGAGUUAGGAAUGGGGUGAGACAGGUAUGAGGCCUGCUUCUAUGAAUUUAGUCUUGCCUGAAUCUGAGGGUCAAAGAGGCUGGCCAUGAAAGGUGAAGAGGGAGGUGAGUAGGGAGAACUUGGGGCAGAAAAAAAAGGUCAUGGGAAGCAGGUGUUUGGCCCUGCUCUCUGCCUUUCAUAGAAGGCCCUGCAUUCAGCCUGACCUGAAGGGGACUAAUACUGGGAUCCCCCUCUGAGGCAGCAGAGUAUAUCUGACUACUGCUCCAAAAGUGGCCACUGUGGAAUGUUUGCCACUCAUUUCCACAGCACAGAUGGACCAGUCCUUGCCCCUGGAGUUGGGGCAAGGUGUCUUUUUUCUGGCAGGCAGAGGGGUGGUGGUGGUAGUAGUGGUAGCAGUGAAUGUACUCCCUGGAGCCUGUGCCAAGACAUCAGAUGACUGUUGCCUCUAGCCCUUGGGGUCUCUGGGAAGAGCUGGCCAGUGCUGGCUGU